AUGUCGUCGACAGCCGCGGCGGAUUUCUCGUUCCGAACGACCAGUACAGGCGAGGAGGAAGACCUAGGAGCUACCAAAUUAAGUUCAGGAGGGUUUCAGCGAGCGUCCUCUUCCUCGCCGGAGAAAAGGAGAAACAGGACACCGAACGAGUUUGAAGAGGACGAAGGAGGACAGAAUGAUGAGAGAACAGCAACAGAAGCAGUAGUAAAUCACGACGAGAAUUACUUAAACUGGGGUUUCUCGCAAGUCUUCGGCGAGCGAGCGCCGAACGAGGAAGUGCAGGACGCGGACAUCAUCUCCGCGGUGGAGUUUGAUCGCACGGGGGAUUGGCUCGCGACUGGGGAUCGAGGUGGGAGAGUUGUUUUGUUUGAGAGAGUGAGGCACGCGAAAAGGCGAGAAGAGAAACAUCCCGAGGAUGAGUUGGAGGACGUUUUGAUGGAGGAGAUGAGCUCGGAGAUGCAAUAUAAUAGAGACGAUCAAGUCGGGGUUAUGAUUAAUAACAAUAAGAACAACGCGAGCACGAGCGAGAAUACGAAUAAAAACGGACAGCAUCAGUUAAUAGCAGAAGGAGGUAAACCGGAACAGGUUGAGUUCCGAUAUUUAACCGAGUUUCAAUCGCACGAACCGGAGUUUGAUUAUUUAAAGUCGCUCGAGAUUGAAGAGAAAAUCAACACCUUGAAGUGGUGUCACCAAGGCGCCAACGAGGGGAGGUUUGUAUUAUCCACGAACGAUAAGACGAUCAAACUGUGGAAAGUGUUCGAGAAAAGAGCGGAAGCAGUGAGCGGGUUUAAUCGAGACUCGAACGAUUCUAUCAACACGACGACGACGAGUACCGGAGGAGCGCAUAAUUGGGGCGGAAAUAGUAAUAAUAGAAACAACAACGAAAAUAGUAGAAACAAUAAGGAAAAUAACGCAACAGCAAGUGGAACAUCAACGUCGAACACGUCUUCGGAGACUUCAUAUCGAUUGAGAAUCCCACGAGUUUUGAAAGGCGAGUUGGGGUUUAACGCGCGAUGUCGCCGGUGCUACGCCAACGCGCACGCGUAUCACAUUAACUCGUUAUCCGUCAACAGCGACGGAGAAACGUUCAUAUCCGCGGACGAUUUGCGAGUGAAUUUAUGGCAUCUAGAACGCGCGAACGGGUCGUUUAACAUCGUCGACAUCAAACCGGAAAACAUGGAAGAGUUGACCGAAGUCAUCACUUCGGCGUGUUUUCAUCCGUCGCAUUGUCAACACUUCGCGUAUUCUUCGAGUAAAGGAACUAUUAGAUUAGCGGAUAUGCGGAUUAACGCGAGUUGUAACGCGGCGUCGAAAUCGUUCGAGGAACCGGAACCGGUUGAAAAGAGGUCGUUCUUUUCGGAAAUCAUCGCGAGCGUCUCGGACGUGAAAUUCAGCAAAGACGGUCGAUACUUUCUCUCGAGAGAUUAUUUGACUUUGAAAUUGUGGGACGUGAACAUGGAGAAAGCGCCGGUGGCGACGUUUAACGUGCACGAUCACUUGCGACCGCGCUUAUGCGAUUUAUACGAAAAAGACUCCAUCUUUGACAAGUUUCAGUGUUGCAUUCGAGGCGACGGCAAACACGUCGCGAGCGGAUCCUACAACGCCAAUUUGAGAUGUUUCAACGUUUUUGAAUCCGGAAGUGAAGGCACGACGACUGAAAUCACGUCGAGAAUGCCUCCCAGAAGAAGCGAGAGCGCGUUCGGCAACGGUGGCACCACUCGAGAAGAUUUGUUCGUGGGUGGCGUGAAAACGCCGCCGAAUUCGUUGGCAAACGCGCACCAUCACCAAAAUUUGAGCGAUUUUUCGUCGAACAUUUUACACGUCGCGUGGCAUCCGGAAGAAGAUAUCUUGGCGUGCGGCGUUAGUAAUAGCUUAUAUAUAUUUAACGCGUAA